GGACUGGUCUGCAGGACUCCCACGGUGGGCUGCAUUGUGUGUGUGCAGCAGUCAAGUGGUGACUGAUCAGGGUCCGAGGAAGACGCUGCUAAUACUCAACAGUUGCAGGUCACGUUUAAAGGAGCAGUUUUGUGUUAAAGGUCAGUCUUGAGUCUUUCCUGCAGCAGCUCAUAAAGAAGUUCUCCAGGAAACAACCAGCGUCAGUGCGGAGGGGCGAGGUGAGAUGCAGCUGCAAACGAUGAUCCCCAAGAUCGCGUUCUGCUCCCGGACUCUGAGGAGCCAGUGUGCCGCUCCUGGAGCUCUGCAAGGUCUGCACAGAGCAUGGACUCGUCGGACAGGGUUACCUGCAGCGAGCCGGGGCAUCCAUGUGGACUCUCUGCCCAACAUCCCCACCCUCACUACCAGCUACGUCCACGGCACCUCUUCCUCGCCUCUCCUCCACUACACGGUAGCAGAGGCGCUGCAGAGGACCGUGGAGCGAGUGCCCGACAGGGAGGCCAUGGCCUUCCUGCAGGACGGAGUCCGCAAGACCUUCGCUCAGUUUCAGCAGGACGUGGACCAAGCUGCAGCCGGGCUGCUGGCGCUGGGCUUGACUAAAGGAGACCGCCUCGGUAUGUGGGGGCCAAACACUUACGAGUGGAUCCUGUUCCAGUUUGCCACAGCUAAAGCGGGUAUUAUAAUGGUGUCUGUGAACCCGGCGUACCAGCAGCAGGAGGUGGAGUAUACGUUGAGGAAGGCCGGCUGUAAGGCCGUGGUGUGUCCCGCUCAGUUUAGGACUCAGAAGUACUGCGACAUGCUGAGAAAGAUUUGUCCAGAGAUCGAGACGGCCACGCCAGGAGACAUCAGGAGUCCCAGACUCCCAGAGCUCCGCACUGUGAUUGUCUUGGACAGCCGACAGCCAGGAAUGCAUCAUUUCGAGGACGUGAUGCAGGCGGGAAGCAGCCAGUUCGUUCAGCAGCUCCACGAUCUGCAGAAGAAGAUCUCCUUCGACGACCCCAUCAACAUCCAGUUCACCUCGGGCACAACCGGAGCUCCAAAGGGCGCCACUUUGUCUCAUCACAACAUCAUCAACAACGCCUUCUACACGGGCCACAGAAUGGGAUACGACUGGAGGCCUCUCACUCGUAUCUGUCUGCCCGUGCCCUUGUAUCACUGCUUCGGCUCGGUGGGUGGAGGGUUGUGUAUGGCCGUGCACGGCAUCUCCCUGGUGUUCCCCUCUGCCGGCUACGAUGGGAAGGCGAACCUGGCAGCUAUAGAGAGUGAACGGUGCACCUUCAUCUACGGCACCCCGACCAUGUACGUUGAUCUGCUGAGCCAGCCGGACUUUGCUAAAUAUGAUUUGUCCUCCAUUGAAGCAGGCAUCAUGGCCGGUUCCCCUUGUCCUCCAGAACUUAUCAGGAAGAUCAUCGGUGUGGGCAUCAAGCAGAUAACUAUUGGAUAUGGAACCACGGAGAACAGCCCUGUGGCGUUCUGCGGCUCCGCCAACGACAGCCUGGAGAGGAAAGCUGAGACCUGCGGCUACAUCAUGGACCACUUAGAGGCUAAAAUAGUGAACCCUUCAACAGGAGAGACGGUUCCUCUGGGAGAGCUGGGGGAGAUUAUGAUCAGAGGAUACUCCGUGAUGUUGAAGUACUGGGCUGAUGAAGCCAAAACAAAAGAGUGCAUCACUCCGGAGGGCUGGUACAAAACCGGAGAUAUCGGCAGCAUGGACGGGUUCAGCUACCUGAAAAUCGAGGGCAGGAUUAAGGACAUGAUCAUCAGAGGGGGCGAGAACAUUUACCCGGCGGAGAUCGAACAGUUCCUGCACACGCAUCCCAAAGUGAAGGAGGCCCAGGUUGUUGGAGUUACGGACGAGCGUAUGGGAGAGGAGGUCUGCGCCUGCAUCAAACUGGUGGACGGACAAGAGAGCACCGCAGAAGAAAUCAAAGCUUUCUGCAGGGGACAGAUCGCUCACUUCAAGAUUCCUCGAUACGUUCUGUUUGUGACCACCUACCCGCUCACCAUCACUGGAAAGAUCCAGAAGAACAAACUGUGCGAGGUGGCUGAGGAGCAGCUCGGACUGGUGAAGGGAAAAUGAGAGAACUGUAUAGAAAUGUAGAUCAUGUACCAAACAAACACGUAAAAUAUCAUAAAAACAGACAACCUCCUUUAAGGUGUAGACGAGUGCGAAGCUUCAGGAUGAACCAGAUACAUCUAUCCAUCCUCCUGUAACCAGCUGUGAAAGACAACAAACCCCUCCCUCUAAAAAAAGACCAAAACCAACGAUUAACAAGAGACCACUAACGAUUCAAGAAUAAGAACACAGAGACAAGAUGCUGAAAAGAGUCUCCAACUAAUGCACUUUUCACUCCUGUUCAUAUUCAAUCAUGAUGUUUAAAGGAAGAAUGUGCAACUUUUUGAUCCAGUAGAUGUCGCCCUUGAGCACCAGCAUGAAACCAAAACAAACUUCUGUUAGGCCACGCCUCCUCCAUACUGAAGCCUCCGCUCUCCUCCAGAGACACACCUCCAACCCCCCUCCACUCACAUUUGCACAAAGGAAUUAUGAAUUAGAACGCACCAUAAUUAAGCUCCAUUAAGCACAACUAGCGGAUAAAAGUGUCCUUUGCUCGAGCUGCAAUCAGCUGUGUCCUGCAUUGUUGUGUUAGCAUGCUAAUGUUAGCACACUUUAGUUAGCUCGUAGCUUCACAUUGCAUGUACAUUGACACAGAAUGAGCGUGAUCUAAAAACUCUUACUAACAUCCAAAUAAUCAGUGAGUAUGUUCUUCUUCUUCUCUCUAGUUCUUCACUAAAACAGCUUUUAUACACAAGGGGAGGAGCCGGCCGUCCCGUCCAUGUAAACACAGCUCUGACAACAACACAGCCAGCGGGACUCGAGCUUCUCCCUCAUUGUAGACAGUCAUGACUCAGAGACACAUUUACACAGGACAGACUGGAUUUAACAUGUUGCACAUUCUUCCUUUAAUUCUUGUUCUGUUUUAAAAAGUUCCAUCUUCACUGGGACACUUCAGCAACAACAAAUCAGGAAUCAUUUGGUGGCUGUUUCACUAAAGUUUAAAUAAUGGGAUUUGUUGAGUCACAGCAGCAGCAUCCUCUCACAGCUGUCUUUGUGAAAAGGUGAAACCAAACGUCCAGUAGUCAAUGCAGAAGUAGAUUUGUUGUGAAGCAUCCGAGCCGCUCUCAGUGAAACACGCCGUCCUUGAACGACUCUUUGCAGCUUGAUCCGAAGGCUCCUUCAGUUCUGUCCGUCUUCAGAACUGAAGGAGCCUUUCAGAGGAGAGGUGAAACAUCUUCAAAGCUCGCUUUGAUUCACCAUGACCUGAUGACUGAGAACCUUCACAGACAUGUUGAACGCCUCGUUUAUUCUUUUUUUUAAUCCAGCAGAAAGCUUUAAAAAAAUGAUUUUCUACAUCAACUUGAAAUAAACUUUGUACCACGUUAUUAAA